AAACAUGCACACGUACAUUAGUAUGCAUGCCCUACACAUGGCAUACGUGAUUAGAAUAUCUGUUUUCAUCUCCCUAUCACAAGUGAGAAGAUAUGUUAGUGAUAGGGCAAUCAAGAGAAUGGGCAGGACGAGGAGGAAGAGGACGAAAGACACAAAUCAGAGGAGGAGGAGUAGUGUUCAAUAAUUAUUCCCAUUUUACAUACCUUCUAAGCUGAUUUAUUUUUUCUUCCUAUUCCCGCAUAUCUAUCUAUCUAUCUACCUACCUAUUUAUCUAUCAUACCUUCGCAAUAAAUAUUUAUUCCUCUGGGAUAAAUUCAAAUUGUGAAAAAUCCUCCUCAUUUCAUUCGGUGUUUAAAUCUUUGCGAACUAUUAACCCUUUUACAUUUACAAUGACUUCACGUCGUAAGCAAACACGUCCAACAAAAAAUUUUCUCGAGUUGGGAUUACACUUCCAGUCAAAUUUAACUCUAUCAUCAUCAUCACUAUCUCCAUCAAUAACAUCAUCAACGUCAUCAUCAAGUUACUUCGAUAUCAUGUUCAAGAAUUCAAUGUCAACCUUAGUACUACCAGCUAAUUUUCAUACAAGUUCAGAAAAUUGUAUGGAUUUUCGAGAUUCGUUAAGCAGUAUAGAUUCGAAUCUACCAAGCUUACCACCAGUAACUAAAUGGAAUUAUGAAGAUACUGGAGAGUAUAUUUCCAAUAUUGACAUAAAGAAUACUGUCACUAAUCUAAUGAACGAUCAAGCAAUAUCUCAACAUAUCAAUGCCAAUCAAUAUCAAACUGCUCAAUCAUCUUUAUUAAACUGUAGUAAACAAUCCUUUCCAACACUUCUACCGUUUGGAGAUAGUGGUUGUAUAAGUUUAACUGAUGAGACUAGUCUGAUUAGUGUAAAGCAUUCAACAUCUACCCCAGUGCAUACAAUGGAUAGUGAUAAUACACCAACAACAAAUGCUAGUACAACUACAAUAAGUCCAAUAAAUAUAGACAGUUUAGAUCGUUCAAAUGAUACUCAAGUUAUACCUGUAAUUUCGAAUAAAACUGACCAGAGUUUACAACCUAUGAAUGAUAAUUACUAUACAUCCGCUAGUACUAUUACCACUACAACGACUAACACUGCUAUCAAUAAUGCUAAUCCUGUUAUUACUAUUAUUACUACUGCAAAUAAUAAUAAUAAUAAUAAUAGUAAUGAAAACAGUAGUAGUAAUCAGUUAAAUGAACAACAAAAUGUCGGGCUAAUUUAUUAUUCUGAAGAAAAUCAAACUCCAGUAAUCAAACAAACUGUAGAGCAUAAAAGAAACUGGAAUACUCCAGUGAAUACACUUAGUGUUAUGCAUAAUCAACAAGAUGAAUUAAAUCUAGAUGAAUCACCGUCUGAUAAUGAGCUCAACUUGAGUUCAGAGUCUAUGAAUCGAAGAAAUAGAGCAGAUGUAAAAAUACAACCUUAUGCUCUUCGUGGUAAUAUUGAAGUAUUUCGUUGUCCAUUAUGUUCAAAAGAUGAAAUAUUUAGUCGUGGGCAUUUAACAAAUCAUUUACAAGAUCAUCAAAGCAAUUUUAAACGUGAAGAUUAUAAGCAUGUUUGCUGUUUUUGUUUCAGUGAAUUAAGUUCAAACAGUUCACUUGAACGUCAUUUAUUAACUCAUACAAACCAUCGUCCAUUUAACUGCAAUCUGUGUGAUAAAGCCUUUACAACUAAUGGCAAUUUAAGUCGACAUAUACGUACAUCUCAUCAAGUGAAAACAACAGUCACAAACUCUUUUACACCAAUAAGUACUGUUACUCCAUCAACAGCAUCAACAUCAUCAUCAUCAUUAGCUCCACAAUUAGUACCACAUCACACAUCAAAUCAUCAACACCACCAACAACAGCCAAUACUGUUACCUAAUUGGUUUCAAUCUUCUACUGGUCAACUACAGUCACCUUCAUCAUCUUCAACAAAUAUUUAUCCUAAGCUCAGUUCAGUAUAUCAUAGUGGAGGAGUUAACGAUGAAUACCGUCAUCAUCAAAACACCUCAUCGUCAUCGUCCUCCUCAACAUCAAUAAAACAAUUAGAUUUGAAUACUUCUCGAAUAAAUACUUCACAGCAGUUGACUACAAUUCAAUCAAAUUAUAAUGAAAUGCUAAAAAUAAGGCAUGAUUAUCCUACACCUUGGAUGAAUUUAUCUUCUUCUACUUCAACUGUUAAUUCAAAUGAUAAACAACACAUUGAUGUUAUUGGCAUAAAAUCGUGUAUGAAUAAUAGCCUGUCGAAUAUUAUACCAACUUUUAUCAUAAAUGAUGAACCAAUUAAAUUAGAACAAACAAAAUCACCUUUAUCAGGAUAUGAUUUACAUGAACAGAAUAGACGAGACAAUCACUCUGAGGCGAUGAGAUCAUCAUCAACUUCUUUGUAUACAGAAAAUAAGAAUUUCGCCAACUGGUCAACAGAUUAUACAAAACACCAAGAACAACAUUAUAUUGAUAAUGAUAAUUUGAAUAAUAAAAUAUUCGAAUCUUCUAGCUGGUCAUCAUAUAAUAAAGGCAAUAAUACUACAUCUGAAUUUCUUCAAUUCUUUUCAAAUUAUUGGUUAAAUUUAAGUAAAAGUGGUGUAUUGAACAAUUCAACUUAUUAUACUACAAGUGUAGAUCCACGAACAAUUAUUGCUAGUCUAUUACCUUCUUCAUAUUUACCUGUAAAUAAUAAUGCAAUGAAUAAUGAUUUCACUUCUGUCACAAUGAUGUCAUCACUUUCAACAUCAACAUCAUCAUCGUCAGCGGCGGCAGCAACAGCAGGAGCAAAUGGUCCAGUUGAUACAAUUGGAAAUUUUUCAAAGUAUACUUCAGAAUCACCUAGAAUUACUAUUUGUGAAAUUCCAUCAUCAACAGGUAUCAAUGAGAUGGACAAUCAAGUCAACAGAAGAUUUGAUAGAGGAAGUCUUUAUACUGCCAGUUCUGGAGAAUAUGGUGUUGUUUCUUCAUCACCUAAUCCAAAUGUACAGAAUAAUAAUAAUAACAACAACUUACAAGUUAUACGACCUAAAUUCUUCACUGGGACGAAUAAACAUGAACGGCAAAAAUCACGCAUAAAGAAAGUGAGAACUAUGAAAACUUUUUCAGUACGUUAUAUCUUGGCUAAAAGAAGAAAAAGUCUGACGAUGAUUGGAAAGAAGAGACUGUCAAGAAAAGUAGCAGAUAUUAAAUUCAGAUCGUUAAGUUCAUUAAGUUCCAGCUCUAAACAAAGGAGAGAAUGUGAUAUGCAACAAUUCCAGACAGUAGAUGCAGAGUAUUCUUCAAACAGAUCACACAGUUCAUACAGUCCAGAACACUGUAAUUCAACAAGAAAUAAUGCAAACAACCUAUCAACUGAUUAUACAUGUUCGCUAAGCAAUUUCUUUAGCACCUCGGAUAGACCGUCACCAUCAACAAUUCUAUAUACCUAUAAUGAUAAGAUGAGUAACGAUAAUGAAAAUAAUAAUAAUGACAAUACCAUGCUGAAUACUACAGAACAAAAUUAUCUUCAACCAAUGGAGUCCUAUCCAGAAAUACUUGAUCUUUCAUUACGUAACAAAAAUCUACAAACAUAUGAUGAAAGCCAGAAGAAUACAAAUGACAUUCAACAAUUUAACAGGCUGUAUGCAAAUCCAGGAAACUAUUCUGACAUGCUGAAUUCAAAACCUAAAACUUUCAAUCCGAUGAAUGCAUCUACUGUUCUCUAUCCUUCAUAUGCUAUUAAUACUACUAAUACUGGUAUGUCUAACCAGCCAACAGUUGACACAAAAUCAUUUGGUCAUGAGAUAAAUUUAAACAAUAUUCUUCAUGAUAUUUGUAGUCUAUCUGUUAUGCAACAAAAUAAAACUUCAGCUUAUACUGAUAAUUUAGCAAAUACUACCAAUACUACUAAUAAUCAAUCAAGUAGACUGUCAAUGAAUUUACAAAAUAGUAGUAAUAACAUGUCAAAUGCACAUAAAAUACUUUCUCUUCGAACAAAUAUUCCACCAGUGCUUAUACAACCAAAAAAGAAUUCAUAUAAAGAUGCACCAAAACUGAUCACUUGUCCUAUAUCUGGCUGCAGUCAAAAAUUCCCGUGGAAUAGUUCUUUAAAACGACACAUUCUUACACAUACUCCUCAUAAACCAUUUGCUUGUACAAGAUGUACCAAAUCCUUUUCAACUAAAUCAAAUCGUGAACGUCAUAUGGAACGUGUACAUCGAGUUAGCUUAAAACGUCAACGUCAACGUUUCAAUCAAACCAGUAGUAUGAGUAUUCAAAGUCCAUCAAGUGGAGAUAAUCGUUCUGAAUUGAGUGGUCAUUAUUCGAAUAAGAAUUCUGUUGGUCGAGCAACAACCGCAACAACGACAACAACAACAACAGCAACACUAGGCGAUAAUAAUAAUAAUGAUCAAGAAAUUGAUGGUAUUGAAGAGUUGAGAGAAGAUGAAAUAUUAUCAAUGAAUUCAAAUGAAAAACAAGCUGAAGAUAUUAGUAAUAGUUUAUUAAUACGAGCCGGUGAUCCAGUAGUAGAACCAAAUCCAGAAAGAUUGUAUAAUGCGGCGUUAUUAGCAGUAGCGAAUUCUACACGAGGUGGAUUCACUAACUUUUUAAAUCAUGUCUCUUCCCCUAGUAUUAUAAAUAAUAGUAAUAAUAUUCCACAGAAUGUUUUACCAAAUAUUUCUAUUCGGCAAAGACAAUCAGUCCGUGGUGGAGGAGGAGCAGGAGGACGACGACGACCUAGACGUAGUAAUUUAUUAAGCAUGAAAAAUAUCCCACAAAUCCCAUUGAUUAAUAUGAUAACUGAAUCAACUAGUGAGAAUAAAUCAACGCCUGAAGAUCCACCAAUAGAUUUAUCUUUAAAUUCAACAAUGAAAAAUACAUCUACAACACUUACAUGUCCAAUAUGUUCACUAUCGAUUGGUAGUCGAUGUUUUCGUCGGCAUUUAACACUUCAUCAAGUCGAUAAUCCAGUUUUUCGUUGUCAUUUAUGUCAGCUAACUUUUCAAGAUCAAAUAUCAACAUUAACUCAUUGGGCUAUGGAGCAUUCAAAUGAAUGGUCAAAAUUUGUUAAAAAGUUAAAUACAAAUGAUACAUCAACUGAUAUUCUUAAACAAAUUCAAUUAAGUUUAAAAAAUAAUGUUAAUACUACUGAUACUACUACUACUCACAACUAUAAUAGUAGUAGUAGUAGUAACAACCAAUUAAAAGUUACAUGUGAUAUCAAAGAAACAACUAGUAAUACUAUCAAUAUAUCAGAAUUAAAAGAACCAAUUAAUUAUUCGGCUAAAUUAAACAAUUACAACCACAAUAAUGAUUCACGUUAUGUCUCCUGUUGUGUUUGUCUUCAUCGUUUUGGUAGUCAACAAGAUUUACAAAGACAUAUGAGAUCGCAUACUGGUGAAAGACCUUUUACUUGUCCAUAUUGUGGUAAAGAAUUUUCAUUAAAGCAUAGUAUGCAUAGACAUGCUAGAGUUCAUAUGAAACAAACUAUUAAAAUAAACACACUAAAUGAAGCAUCAUCUUAAGUACACUCAUAUACUCAUAUCUAUUAUAUAUAUAAUAAUGAAAAGACAAAAGAAUAUACGAAUUAAACGCUUGUCUUUUAUGUUUUUUGACUAGUCAUCAUAGGGAUUUCUUUAUAUAAAGCGCCAAAUUUUCAAAUAAUCCUUCAUUGUUUCAAUAAUAAUUGAACACAGUCUCUCUUUUAUUUUAUUUGUAUUUUUCUUUUUGUAAAUUCAUUCAGUGUUAUUCCUAAUUUUACGUACUAUUUCUUUACAAUAAUUCUGAAAUAGUAGCUUUUAUUAUUAUUUAUUAUGGUUAAGGGUUGUUUCCGCUUAACAAACAAAAAGAAGUUAUCAAAGUGUUAUUAUUACAAAGCCCAAAACUCUUAAUAUGAGAUACAUCGUUCACUGACAGACACACUUAUGACGCGCACCAAUGAGGGAUUGGUUCUACUUCUCUAUACAUAUUUUCAUUUCUGUUUUAUUUGGUUGUUGUUCAGGGUUUCUUUUUUCUCGCUCACUUUAACUUGUCUGGUUUCAUUUUAAUAAAACAACUAAUAAU